CCAGAGCCUUCUGGGUGCUCCACAGGGGCCCCAGAAGGCAGAAGGCCUGGGUGAAGGGAGCACCCCUCGGAGGUGAGGACCAGAGGCAGAGCCAUCAUGGGGACCCCCGGAGGCUGGCUGGUGAUCUGUCUGCUGGCUGUGUCCCUGGCCUCCACGGUCACCCAGGACGUGUGCCGAGCACCAGACGGCAAGGCUGGAGCCGCUGGAACUCCAGGCCGACCCGGGCAGCCAGGCCUUAAGGGGGACCGAGGGGAACCAGGAGCUGCUGGUGUGCGCACAGGCAUCCGAGGCCUCAAAGGAGAAGAGGGAGCCCCCGGGCCCUCUGGGAAAGCCGGCAACAUGGGUUUCCCCGGACCCAGCGGGCCCCCGGGUCUGCCUGGCCUCCCAGGCAACAGGGGCAUCAAGGGAAACCCGGGGAACAUCAGGGACCAGCCUCGGCCAGCCUUCUCAGCAGUGAGGAGGAGCCCCCCGUUGGGCGGCAACGUGGUCAUCUUCGACACGGUCAUCACCAAUGAGGAGGGCCCCUACCAGAACCACUCGGGCCUCUUUGUCUGCGCCGUGCCCGGCUACUAUUACUUCAUCUUCCAGGUGGUGUCCCGCUGGGACAUCUGCCUGUCCAUCAUGUCCUCCACGCGCAGCCAGGGCCGGCGCUCCCUGGGCUUCUGCGAGACCAACAGCAAGGAGCUCUUCCAGGUGGUCUCCGGGAGCACGGUGCUUCAGCUCCAGCAGGGCGACCAGGUCUGGAUUGAGAGGGACCCCAACAAGGGUCGCAUUUACCAUGGCGCCGAGGCAGACAGCAUCUUCAGCGGCUUCCUCAUCUUCCCGUCCACCUGAGCCAGGAAGGGCCCCCCACCACACACCCAGGCCUCAUCCACUGUAUGCUGUAUGACCCUGGGGCACUCACUCCACCUCUCUGAGUUUCCAGGCACUGCUCUGUGAAGUGGGGGUGUUGCUGCUUUUGCUGCCUAAAGGGGGUGUGGGGCUGGCUCAGAGGCCCCUAGGGCUCGCUGCCCCACUGUGCGCACCCUUCACAGGAGAUCACUUCUUGGUAUGUUUCCUGAAAUAAAUACCUGAGCCCCUG